AAAUUUAAGCUCUAAUUUAUUUAUUUUAUCCACCAUAAAACCACAGAGAAACUCCAUCGAUGCAGCUUCGAAACCAGUUAACCAUAUUCCCUCGUCUUUCCCGUUGAACAUAAUUGCCGUAGCUCAAGUUCCAGGUUGCCGUUGGGGUCUCUGGUUUUUUGCUCCAUUUGAAGUCACCGGCGAGGUGUCCAGUCGCUGAGGAUUUACUGUAAUAUAAGCUCAAUUCAUCUAUAUAAAGGGCCAUUGCAAAGUUAAUUCGCAAUGAGAAGAAGCAUAGCUCGGUGUCUGAGAGGCCUAAGAUCCUACUGUACUGAUGCCGGAGAUGGAUUUCAGAGCUCCAAACUCAAAAUAUUUGAUCGCCAUCUUAAGCGCAAGCAACGUGAUAGAGCGGCGUGGUUGAUGAAGCCAAAGGACUCUCUUGUUAAUACUGUGGCUGAGAAUCUACUGGAUCGAUUGGAGGAUUGUAAGAAAACAUUUCCUACGGUAUUGUGUAUGGGGGGUUCUCUAGAAGCUAUCAGACGAUUACUGCGCGGACGCGGUGGCAUCGAGAAAUUACUUAUGAUGGAUACAUCAUGGGACAUGGUAAAAUUGUGUAAAGAUGCUGAGCAGCAAAUGCCAACUGAUAACAUUGAAACAUCAUACAUUAUUGGUGAUGAAGAAUAUUUGCCCGUGAAAGAAAAUUCUGUUGACCUGGUCAUUAGCUGCUUGGGACUCCAUUGGACAAAUGACCUUCCUGGUGCAAUGAUACAGAGCAGAUUGGCUUUAAAGCCAGAUGGCUUAUUCUUGGCGGCUAUUCUUGGCGGAGAAACAUUGAGGGAGCUGCGGAUAGCUUGCACUAUUGCACAAAUGGAGCGUGAAGGAGGCAUCAGUCCACGAUUAUCACCCUUGGCACAAGUGCGUGAUGCUGGCAAUCUCUUGACUAGGGCAGGCUUUACUCUUCCUGGGGUUGACGUUGAUGAGUAUACAGUUCGAUAUAGCAGUGCUUUGGAGUUGAUAGAACAUCUCCGUGCAAUGGGAGAAACUAGUGCUCUACUGCAAAGGAGCAAGGUAUUGAAAAAGGAUACAGCCCUGGCCACAGCAGCUAUUUAUGAGUCAAUGUUUGCAGCCGAAGAUGGCACAAUUCCAGCAACAUUUCAGAUAAUAUACAUGACUGGAUGGAGGGAACACCAAUCUCAACAGAAACCAAAGAAGAGAGGCUCAGCCACAGUGUCAUUCCAGGAUCUCCAAAAGCAAUUUGGCAGUGAUGGUAACUGCUGACUUACACUCGACAUUCUUUAUCGAUGCAAUUCUAACCUGUUAUCUGAUUCUUCUCAGCAGCUAGCAGAUGAAAUAAUGGAAACUCCUGUUAAUUUAGAUACUCUCUCACACCUAAUAGUUCCAUAAGCACCUUUCAUUAUCAUGCAAAAUAAAAGGUAAUAAUCAUAACUUUCAGUAGAACCACAGUGUACUUCAACUUUUCCUGUCUUUUGAAAAAACCAUUGGUGUACGUCUCUAUUACGACGAGUUGUUGUUGAAAUUGGAGUGUCAUUGGAUUUACAAGAGUCCAUGGGUUAAUUUUUCA